UCGAGUCCCUUCGAGUCCCUUCGAGUCGCUGGCAGCCCCAAAGUAUUCCAUCCGGCUGCCUCUUAACUUUUACUGGAAAAGCAUCAACUCAGGGCGUUUUUCUAUAAAACAAAAAAAAAUUUACUGGAAAAAUGAAACGGCAUGUUGAACACAGCUGUGCGCCUAAGAUUCUUAACUGUCACAGUGAUAGAUUUAGCGUUAUCAGGAACAGCAAGAACCGCGGUACACAUAACACUCAGUCUGCUGCCAGCGGGAGCAACAAGAGAGGCGAGCAUCAUGUCCGAGUCACCAGGGGCUGGAACAUACCAAGGUCCACCUCGAGGACCACAGGUCGGAGUAAGGAGUCAUUCUGGAUCUCCAUCUCCGUAGUAGUCUACUUCCUGAUCCAUUGCUGCAAAUCAAGAUCGUACCCCAGUUCCUCCUUCUCCUCCUCCUCCUCCUUUUCUUGUUCCCCUUCUUCUUCCUCCUCCUCCUCCUCCUCCUCCUCCUCCUCCUCCUCCUCGUCCUUGGUCCUGAAUCGUAAUUUGAUCGGUUUUGAAAGGAUCGUCGAUAAGAGCGACAGUGGGAUCGAUGCCCAGAACAACGACUCUCCCGCCGGGUCAAUAGUGGCGGCCGCGGAGGCCAACCAGUCGUUCUUACCUCGUUCAUCAUCUUCGACUUCGAGUGUCGACGAGUUGCGCUCACCUUCGUUGAGCACAGGGCCCUUCACGUCUGUUGGAGGGUGGGAAUCCGCCGCACCAGAAGGAGCAGCUCCAGCAGAUGGUGGUGGUGGUCCUACUAAAUAUAGAGCGAAUGCUGAGUAUGCUCCGCUGAGGUUCAAGAUCUCUUAUCGUUGCUGCAAGAGAAGGGGUGUGAAGAUCUCCGUCCGAUUAGACGGCGAUGCGCCGUCCGACACCAACGUACUUGUGCUGGGCAGUCCGGCGACUGCAGCCAGAGGGCCUUGGAGAGUGAAAUUCGGUCCUCAUUGUGUUGCGCCAGUGGGGCUCGACACCCACUUCCGGAUGGUGAAGGCUAGGUACGUGGGCAAUGCAAACCACGUUUACAGUGAGCCCUGGAGCCAAAUGAGCCAGCCUGGGGAGCAUGGGUUUGGUACCCUUGGUGACGGUGGUGGUGGUGGUGGUGGUGGUCAGCUGGGCAAGUGCCCGUUUCUCUACUUUCAAGUCGUGUUUGCAGGAAGGAACAGAGGUGGGCAUUGUGCCACGUCGCAGGUCUUCUUCUAAGCCUAAGAGGAGUCUAUCUUUCCCAGGGCCUAUGUGUAAAGUGGCUACGACGGUGGCUGUGGGCCUUGUGGUCAUCCUCCACCUGUUUUUUUUUUUUUUUCCUCUCACCGCCAUAGUGAGUGAGAGAGACGGGGUACUGCUGCUGCCUUUGUCUACUUUUCAAGUCGUGUUUGCAGGAAGGAACAGAGGCGGUCCGGGACCGUUCUGCCACGCCGCAGGUGUUCUUCUAGCCUAAGCCUAAGAGGAGUCCCAUCUUUCU